AUGAAGGUCUUCGUAGUUUUGCUCCUGGCCAUCGCCUCCGCCUCCGCCGGGCUCCUGCCCAAGAUCGCUCCAAUUCAUCCUCGUGACAGGACCUCGGUGGCUUCCAUUAAUGGUCGCAUCACCAAUGGCAAGAACGCUGUGGUGGAUCAGUUCCCCUACCAGGUGGGACUCAGCUUCGUCGGAUCAAAGGGCAGUUGGUGGUGCGGUGGUUCCAUCAUCGAUAACUCCUGGGUGUUGACGGCUGCCCACUGCACCAGCGGUGCCUCCUCCGUGACUAUCUACUAUGGAGCUACGGUCCGCACUAGCCCCCAGUUCACCUACACCGUCACCAGCUCCAACUGGAUCCAGCAUGCCAACUACGUUUCCCUUACUGUGCGCAACGACAUCUCCCUGAUCAAGACCCCAUCCGUAUCCUUCUCCGCAUCCGUCAACAAGAUCGCCCUGCCCGCCAUCGCCAGUAGUUACUCCAGCUACGUUGGACAGACGGCAGUUGCCUCCGGAUGGGGCCUGACCUCCGACACCGCUUCCGCCGUGGCCAAGGAUCUGCAGUACACCGACCUUACCGUUAUUGAGAACUCCGAGUGUCUCAAGGCCUUCAGCAGUCUGAUUGUCACCAGCAGGGUCAUUUGCGUUGCCACCCCGAAGGGCACAUCGACCUGCCAGGGAGAUUCUGGCGGCCCACUGGCUCUGGAUGGAACCCUGAUUGGCAUCACUUCCUUUGGAUCGCCCGAUGGCUGCGAGGUUGGCGAGCCAGCUGCCUUCACCCGUGUGACCAGCUACUUGGACUGGAUCCUGGCCAACUCCGGAGUUUCGGCUUAGAAGAUUACCAGUUCUGUUACUUUUUUGUAAAAUAAAAUGAGCACACCUUAA